GACCGAUACAAGCUGUACAGCCAGAACAGGACUGAUACAAGCUGUACAGCCAGUGCUGAACAGGACCGAUACAAGUGCCAAUGGGGGCUGAGACUGAAUGGGCUACAUGAAACUGAUGGUGAGAAUAUCAGAGGGAUUGUGAUUGACAUUAUUGGGAAGUUUGUUCCAUAUCCCCCUGCUACCCUGAACAACGCGGUAGAUGUUGUACAUUGGAGACAAGAGAAAGGAGAAGAACAGACAGGUCAUCAUGAUGUUUGCGUUGUGGAACGUGAGAGACGAGGUGUGGAGAGCUUCGAAGCUGGCGCCGAUCUGCAGGGAGAAAGGCAUUCGCUUUGCAGAAGAUUUGAGCAAGCGCGACAGGGACGCCCGUGCGAAGCUGUGGCCACAAGUGGAUGAGGCAAGGCGCAGGGGGGAAAAAAGCCUUCUUUCGCGAGGGGUUUGCUGUCAUUGACGGCCGUAGGGUGGUGCUACGUGACUGACUGAUGCUUUACGAGUUGGCCUGCUUAUACAGUAGUAGGCUAAUGAAGCCAUAUACUUUUUCAACUGGUGAAUUAUUCAUGCAAUCGUUUAUCUGAACACUGCAUAUAGAUGAUAUUGCAUACUGUUUGUAGUGGCGAGUUUUGGAUGUGAACAUUAACCAACGUAAACACACUAAAUGUGGUUUUUGUUUGUCAUUUGAUGGCUUACUAAGAUACCGGUCCAUUUUUAUUCAUUUCAUUUUGUUUCAAGAUCGAUAUUAUGUAAGUAAAUCUCAAUUUAUUUUUCACGGCUUGAUUAGCCUUCAGAGAUGUAUUUAUUAUAUUUAUUUUGAGAAUUCAAUUGAAGAUGUAAACUAUUAAUAUAAUAUGUGUUAUUACACGAUGGAUCCAUUUAUUUUACCUUGUAUGGUCGUUGCUGUUCGUCAAGUCCAUUUCUGAAGGGUUUAUGCUACUUUGAUAUUAUUCAGGGUCCCUGUUUAUUCUAGACAACUCUUCUUCUCUUCAACAUGUAUCUUUCCUUGUUAUCAUUGAAAACCAGGGGGUGACAUAACAAUAUAAAAAGCAAGGCUAUUUUUCCUUUUUGUAAAGAUUCAUUAAAGACUUACAAUUUUGGACUUCACAAUGGGGUGACAAGAUAAUUGUUAGCCAUGGCUCAUCUCAUUCUGCUGGUGUGGCAAAUACGUUUUCCAGGUAGAGUUUUAGAAAGCAGGUUUGAUGAUGAGGGUCACUGGAUAACUAUUGUUUUCGAAUAUAAAGGGUCACGUUACGUAUUGGUACAUAUUUAUGGUUAUAACAUACGGUCAAAAAACAAUGUUCUUUAACAUUUAACAGUUCUCAAACAUCUAUUAGUAAAGUCUUAACUGAGUUGAAAAACAAAUAUUCAACCGAUAACAUUAUUGUUGGAGGUGAUUAUAAUGUUGUUCCUGAUGACUGGAUGGAUAGGUAUCCCUCCAGGCAUUCAUCCCAUUGUUUUAAUAACUUAAUUCUACAUUUCUGCUCCAACUUUCAGAUAUUUGGCUUUCUCAGAAUCCAACUUUAAAACAAUUGUCUUGGUUUAACUCUACAACUAGCGACAGACAAUUAAAAAUCUAGAAUUGAUUAUCUUCCAAUCUUAUGAAUCUUGUCAGUGAAUGUAAUAAUAAUAAUAAUAUGCCAUUUAGCAGACGCUUUUAUCCAAAGCGACUUACAGUCAUGCGUGCAUACAUUUUUGUGUAUGGGUGGUCCCAGGGAUCGAACCCACUACCUUGGCGUUACAAGCGCCGUGCUCUACCAGCUGAGCUACAGAGGACCACCAUGUAGUAUUCCCUCAGCUCCUCUGACCGACCAUUGUUCCAUUAUUCCUUCCUUUUGUUUUGAUAAUGAGGAGAUUUUCUAAAGCAUACUGGAAAUGUAACUCUUUUCUUUUAAAUAAUGAGUCAUUUUGUUAACAGUCUAAAGCUCUUAUCAGAGAGACCUGUCUCCAUUCUGCUCUUUCUGCAACUAACAAAUGGCAAAUGAUUAAAUUCAGUAUUCGAUGUCUUGCCAUCACUACUGGUAAAAUGCUAGCUCGGAAAAGAUUCUCCAAGCAGAUGGAUAUUAUUGUUGAUAUUAACAGGCUGAUCAACAAACUUAAUUUAAAUGAAGAUGAAAAAGCCGAGCUUGCUAAAUGCCAAUGUGAACUGGACGACAUAUACAACAAUAAGGCACUGGGUGCCUUCAUCUGUUCAAAGGCCAAAUGGAUUGAGAAAGGUGAAAAAAAAACACAUCUUAUUUCUUUAAUUUGGAGAAGAGUAGGCAGACUAUGAAUGGUAUUUCAUCAAUUUAUGUAAAUGACACUAUAUCUGAUGAUCUUUAAGUGAUUAAUAAGAAAAUACAGUCUUUCUACAGUUCACUGUAUCAAUCUCAUCUUUCGGAAGGCGACUUGGAUUCCUUUUUUAAUUCAGUUAAUAACUCUGUUAAGCCUAUAGAAGAAAGGUUUAAGAAACUGUGAUUCUGAUAUAGAUAUUACUGAGUUAGACCAAGCCAUUAAACAAAUGCCUAUAGGUAAAUCUCCUGGACCGGAUGGCCUGACUCCUGAAUUCUAUCAACAUUUUUGGCCUGAUAUUAGAGAGUUAUUGCUUCGGUCUACAAAGAGGGUAUUGCUAAUGCUAUCUUACCUCCUCCUUUGAGACAGGGACUAAUAGUUCUUAUACCAAAACCAAAGAAGCACUCUCUUUACCUGGACAAUUGGAGACCAAUUAGGUUGUUGGAAACUGACUUUAAGUUACUAGCCCAUGUCUAUGCCAAUAGGCUGAAAAAAGGCCUUGAUGAAAUAAUCAAUCAACCUUCAUUAAAGGAAGGAGUAAGCAUAACCAUAUACGAUUGGUUUUAGAUAUUUUAGAUUACAGUGAGUUCAUAGAAGAUGAUGGCUUUAUAUUGUUUUUAUACUUUUUUUAAGGCUUUUGACACUUUAGAGCACAACUUUUUAUUUAGAACUCUCUCUACUUUUGGAUUUGGGGAGAAUUUCUGUAAAGUGAUAAGGAUGAUAUAUAAUGAUAUUAGCAGUUCGGUGGCUAUGAGUAAUGGCACAUCCCCUCGUUUCUCUAUUGCUAGAGGAAUUAGACAGGUUUGUCCAAUCUCCCCUCUUUUAUUUAUUUUAGCCACAGAUUUACUAGCCAUAUUUAUUAACAAAUCUGAGAAUUUAAAAGGGAUCCGUAUUUUUGGUAAAGAUAUAAAUAUCAGUCAAUUUGCAGAUGAUACUGCCCUUUUCCUAAAGGAUAGGGUGGCUAUUCCCUUGGCUAUUUACAGAAUAAAGAAAUGUUCUAUGGCCUCUGGGAUGACUCUCAACCUUAACAAAUGUGAUCUCAUGCCAUUUCAUUGCUGUGACUCUGUCAACAUUGCCUCCAUACCUGUUAAAAAGGAAGUUAAAUAUUUAGGAAUUGUUAUCACUAAAAACGUUUCAGAUAGAGAAUAUUUAAACAUCGAUAAUAGGAGUUUCAUUAAGUCAGUGGCUGCAACGUGAUAUCUCAAUUUUGGGUCAGAUUCUUUUGUCCAAGGUUGAUGGCUUAUCUAGAAUAAUUUACCCAAGUCAUAAUAAUAAACUUGGUGGACUUGAAUUCCUAAUGAAAUGUGAUUUUGACCCUCCAAAAUUACCUGUGAAAUUGUCUAAGUUUCACCAGCAAAUGUUAUUUUUCUGGAAAAUGAUAUUCUAGCACAAUUUCUCCCCCCUUAAAACAUUUUUUAUGGAGUUAUUUAAAUUAAUAGGAAAUCAAUUUUCAAAGUCCUUUGGUUUGACAAGGGUAUUCAUUUUGUAUGUGAUUUGUUAGACAACACUGGGGAGUUUCUGCCAUUUGAUGAGUUCAUUGGUAACUUUCAGGUAAAUAUUACUCAGAGAGAAUAUAUGAAGGUUUGCAAAGCAAUUCCACUUCCUUUACUUGGACUCAUUAAGAACAUUUUGUUAUAUUAUGAGGUUGUUCCCACUUUUCCAAGUUUAACAAUUUAUGACUUUAACCUUUUGGAUAAAACAUUCUACAAUAAGUGGAUACGAUUGGCAGUUAAGUAAUUUUUGGUGAUUAUAAUUCAAUAUAUUGCUAUGGAAGUGACCAACCCAUGUUAUGGUCAAACGCGACUACAUUUUACCUUAAUUGUCCAGUUAUCCCAAAAGUUAAAGAAACUCAUACCCUGUUAAUGAUUUCUUGCACCAAAGAUUCAAUUUUGACAAAAUGCCUUGUGUUUUUCUUCCUCUGAUUCAGAAUCUAUAGAGCAUUUAUUUAUUUAUUUUAAAUUUUAUUACAUCCAAUCUUCAUUAACCUCUAUCGGCACGUCACACACACACACACACACACACACACACACACACACACACACACACACACACACACACACACACACACACACACACACACACACACAGAACCACACACACACAGAACCACACACACACACAGAACCACACACACACACACACACACACAAACACAAAACCACACACACAGAACCACACACACACACACACUCAUACUCACACAUAAACAAUACUUGUUUUCACUUGAAAACAUGACAUGAGCAAUCUGAUAAACAAGUGAGAUCUCUCUAUGAUGAAGAUGAGACAUUAUUUAUGAAGAUUUGACAAUAGCCAUGAGUCCAGAUCCUUAUGAUCAAUGAAUCAAUCAAUCAAUCAUGGAUCACACCAGAUUGCCAGCAAUUCCACAGAAUCUGUGUGCCUCAACGUCCUCUUCCCAACCACACAGUCCUUCACUCAACUUCCUCUUCCCAACCACACAGUUCUUCACUCAACGUCCUCUUCCCAACCACACAGUCCUUCACUCAACUUCCUAUUCCCAACCACAGUCCUUCAUUCAACUUCCUCUUCCCAACCACAGUCCUUCAUUCAACUUCCUCUUCCCAACCACAGUCCUUCAUUCAACUUCCUCUUCCCAACCACAGUCCUUCAUUCAACUUCCUCUUCCCAACCACACAGUCCUUCACACGAGCUCAUGCUUCAACACUUUCUCACACUAUUUCCAUCCCCGACCUCACCCUAUCCCCGACCUCACCCUAUCCCCGACCUCACCCUAUCCCUGACCUCACCCCAUCCCCGACCUCACCCUAUCCCCGACCUCACCCUAUCCCCGACCUCACCCUAUCCCCGACCUCACCCUAUCCCCGACCUCACCCUAUCCCUGACCUCACCCUAUCCCUGACCUCACCCCAUCCCCGACCUCACCCUAUCCCCGACCUCACCCUAUCCCUGACCUCACCCUAUCCCCGACCUCACCCUAUCCCCGACCUCACCCUAUCCCUGACCUCACCCUAUCCCCGACCUCACCCUAUCCCUGACCUCACCCUAUCCCCGACCUCACCCUAUCCCUGA